UAUAUAUAUAUAUAUAUAUAAUUUCAUGUUUGAUUUUUUUUUUUCUAAAAACAUAAAUAAUAAGUUAUCAUAUUGAUUUUAAUUAACAAAAUAUAAGCUAAUAAUAUUUUUAAACGAUUAAGCCCGCACGUGCGGGCAAAACACCUAGUAUAUAACUAUUCGUCAAAUACAAAAUGUUAGUUUAUUAUUUAAAUAAAAAAUAUCAUGAAUCAAACCCAGACCCGAAUAAAACAAUCAAAUUAAUAGAUAUCGAUCACAUGUAUUUAUUAUGUACACUACCGAUAUAUUAUACCAUUUACUAUUUCUGUUAUUUUUUAUAAAAUAUAUUUUCAAUGAUUUUAUCAAUUUUCAGAUUUUAAAUCAACCAAAAAUAUAUCUAAUUAUUCAUCAAAAUCUGCCAAAAUCCGCCGUUAGCAUCUACACUUUUAGUUCGCACUUUUUCAAUUAUUUAAAGCUAAAUUCAUACGGGUUUGUCAUACAUGGAAGUCCAGAUAUACUUGAAGAAUAUUUAACGACACAUACAGGUUUUUCUUUAUUACUUUCCUAAUAAGUAAUAACUAUAGUAAUGAUUACCAAUCAUGUCAAUAUGUCGAAUCAAUCAAUUUAAAUACCAGAUUAUUAUCUAAUAUUUCUAAAUCGUUCCACUGAUAUACAGUGACAGCUCAUUAAACUAUAUAUCCAGACACCACACACACAUUGUGCUUCUCAACAUCUUAAGUAGAUGCAGGUCCAAGUUUCUAAACAAACACACUCAUCGAAUGCUCUCUCCCUCCCUCUUUCCAUCUCGCGUUGCUAAGUCAUGAAAGGACAGAACCAAAGCUCAACAUCUUCUUGUAACAUCCAUCCAAUAGAUUUUGUUGAAGGUGUGUGUCCUAUCUGUCUCAACGAGAGGCUGCUAGUCUUGGCUUAUUUACAGAGAAGACACGCUCCAUCUCCUUCUCCUUCCUACCAUACCAUCCAAGAACCGAAAAUCUAUUCCCAAAAAUCUUCCAAGAAGAAAAACAUCAGACUCUUCUCGUUCCUUGGCUCCUUCCAACUGCGACACCACAAUUCUGAUCAUCGAGCCAACUCCAUCAUCAGUCCAGAAGAUUCAUUCAUUUCGAUUAAUUUCGAAAACAACGGAACAACUUCAUGGGAAAAGGAAAAAGAAAGUUACCAGCUCGAACAUUCCACGGCUUCAUGUGAUCAUCAAUAUCAACAUAUCACGAAGAAGGAGAUUAUUCCUCGGCUAAUGCGACGGCCACUGUUGACGUGGAGCAAACGGAUUGGCCGACUCAUACACGUCAUCAGUUUCAGGAGGCGUUCUAGCGCCAAGGUUAAAGGUGAUGAUGGCUUGAGUAGAAGUUGCUUAAAGCCUUCGCCCCUCACAAAAAAAGAAAACGCAAAGUCUUGAAUCUUUUGUAUAAUCAUUUUGUUACAACUAUUAUCCUCUUUUUGCUCUAUUACAAUAUUUUGGCUUUUUUUUCUAUUUGGGAACAAGAUGAAAGCAAUCAUAUUCAAUAUAAUUGUGUUCACUUUAAUUAUAAUGAUAUAGUGAAUACUCAAAUUUAUUUUUGAUAAUCUGUACUUAGCCAUUGAUUUACUUAUUAAUAGGGAUGUUAAGGGAUGUUAGGUAGAAAGAAAUAUUCUACUAUAUAUUAAUUGAGAAAGUCGCUUAAGUGAUUUUUGCCUAGGUAUCAUUUAUAGGUGAAGUUUAGAUAUAGUUCUUUUAAUUUGAUUGACUGUUGGUAUUUAAAUUUUUAUUUAUUUAAUUAAAAUUUUAAAAAAGAAACUAAUCCUAAAACUACCUGAUCUAUAUUACCAUACAAACAAUUAAACAUUUCUAAAAAGAAGAAUUAACAUAAUUUAUUUAUAGAAACAAUUAAAUAUCAUAGAUUACAUUAUAGAAAUUUAAAUAAAUACAUAUGGUAUGAUAAAAAUAAUUAUAUAAACAAUUUUAACAUAUUUAUAUUAAUAGUGGAUACAAUAAAUUAUAGAUUAAAGAAAACUAAUUAACCUAAACCUAAUAAUAUUUUGUUAUACUCACUAUAUAUAUAUAAGUUUUUUUCUAAAAUGUGUCCAAUGAAUGCAAAACAGUCAAAUAUACAAUUUUAAAAACAUUCAUUCAUUUUUCAUUGACAAAUGUUGAUUAUAUAGUUGAGUUAUUAAUUUCAGAAAUGAUUAAAAUAUUUGUAUAUUUAAAAACAGAAAAUAUAUAGUAUGUCUUUUAAAAUAUUAUUAAUAAAUGAAAAUAUUUAUUAUAAUAUAAAAUUGGAACAUUAUACUAAUACGAGACUAAAGUUAAUAUAAUCUAUUAAUAUAAUUCUUAUAGCCCUGAUUAUAAUAAAAUUAUAAUAUAAAUUCUUUAAAAUAAUAUUAAUCAAUAAAAAAGUUUAUUAUAAUAUAAACUAAAAAAAGAGAACAAUAUAUUAAUACAUGACUAGAGUUAAGACUUUAUUGAUAUAGUUUUGAUUAUAAUAAAAUUGAUGCUUAUUUUGAAAUAGGAAAAAAGAAAAGAUACAUAUAUAAAACAUCAGGGAAGAAUAAUAAAACUUGUUUGUUAUAUUCUUGGUUGUAUUCUUUAUUAUUUUAUACUUUUACGUACUUAAUUUUUUAUGUGUUAGCUGAAAUACAUGUGCUUUACGUAUUACUAUAACUGUUAAUUAAUUAUUUGUAACUAAUGUCAAAAUAGAAAGUGUUAUAAAAUAACUUUUUGAUCAUUAAUCUUUGGUUUUUUUUAUUAAUCAAAACUUAUGUCAUAAAAAGAAUUUUUGAAAAUUUAUAUAAAAUUUAUAGAAUUAACAAUAUAUCUCAAUAAUCUUCUAAGAUUAUACAAUACCAAAACUUUUUAUUUUCAAACUAUUUCCAAUAAAAAUGUUAUUUUAAUGGUUAUGAUUAUUAUUCAAAAUUAUAAAAUUAUCAACAUAAUAUAUAAUUUUCAUAAAAUACUUAUAACCGCGAAAUCGCGGGCAACUACCUAGUAUCACAAGUAAAACCAUAGCCCAUAUGUCUCUCGGCGCAUCAUUUCGUUAAAGAAUUUUUUUUUUGCCAAAGUUUAAAUUUUUUUACUAUAACUAAAUGAACGGAAAUAUUUUAAAAAUCAUUUCUUAGUUUUAUAUCGUUUUAUACGUUUGACUGAAAUUAGUAUGUUUUACGAGUGACUGAAUCGCUAGAACAUAAGAAAAUAAAAUUUACACUAGACUUAUUUUUAAGUGGAAGCUCAUUCAUAAAUACCCAAAUUAUCAUCUGAAAAACUCUCAUAACUUUUAGUUUUAUAGGCACAAAUAUCAUAUUUACGAGUUUCUUCAGUAGUGAAUCGUCAAAAAUGUUUUUUUGCUAAUAUUUGGAGUGUGGACGGUGGAAAAUGUGGAAACAAGCUUUACACCGGAAAAAAUAACAAUUUAAAUAAUUUUCAUCAUUAUUCAGAUAUGUGUCGCGAUAAUAGAUUGUUUUGUAUGUCUACGCAUAAUUGUAGACUUACGAUGCAGUCUACUUGUCAACGCACAUGUUAGUUUUAUAAUUGACCAAACUAUUUUUUUUUGCAACACCGACUUUCCUAAAAGUCUAUGUCUCUACCUUCGAAAACAAAAACCAAAAAUUAAGUAGACUUACUAAAAAUUCUAUCUAAAAGAGGUUACUUUUGCAUUUGACCAAACUUUUGACUUUUCAUAGUAGACUUCAUCAGACAUCUACAUUUUGUAGACUUAUCGGAGAGUCUACAAAAUGUAAGUUUUGCAUUUGACCAAAACUUUGACUUCGUUCAAUAGGCUUUUUUUUUGACUAAAAUGUUUAAAUACUAACCAAAAAUUAAUUAAACGUCUAGACUUCACAUGCAGUCUACUAAUCUUAAAAAAAGGUUAGAUUGCAUAUGAAGUCUACUAUUUUAUUUUGGUUAAUUGCAAAACUAACCCGUCGGAUUUAAUAGUAGACUUCAUGUAAAGUCUACACAUUCGUAGAUAUUGGGUCAAAAAUAAUAAUCUCGAAAUCAACGUCCAAGAUUGCAUCUCUUAUGGAAACUUUCUCGAUAUAAUUUCAGAAAAGUCCUAAUAAGAAAAAAUACCGAGCAA